UAGCGCUAUACCGAAACAGGAAGAAGUGUCCUUGAAGGUAAGGAUGGCAAGAUGUUUUUAUAAUGUGCGCAAGUUUGCUUUGGCUUUUGGUAGAAGAAGAGUCUCUUUCCACUCCGUGGUAACACAUCCCCGACUGAUUCUGGGAAUAGAAACAAGCUGUGAUGACACCGGCGCUGCUGUUGUAGAUGAAAAUGGUAAAAUACUUGGGGAAGCCCUUCAUUCUCAGAAAGACGUUCACCUAAAAACUGGUGGUAUUAUUCCUCCUGUGGCUCAAAAGCUCCAUAAGGACAAUAUUGAUAGAGUUGUUAAUGAGGCGCUCUUGUCUAGUGGGGUUUCUCCUCAUGAACUGUCUGCAGUGGCCACCACAGUAAAGCCAGGGAUGGCACUGAGCCUUGGAGUGGGUCUUUCCUACAGCUUAAAAAUGGUGAAUGAAUAUUCCAAACCUUUCAUACCUAUCCAUCAUAUGGAGGCACAUGCACUGACUGUGAGAUUAUUACACCCUGUGGAGUUUCCAUUCUUAGUGCUCCUAAUAUCUGGAGGCCAUUGCAUCUUGGCCGUAGCUAAUAACGUAUCAGACUUUCUACUGCUUGGACAAUCCUUGGAUGAAGCGCCAGGGGAGACUUUAGAUAAGGUUGCCCGGAGGCUGUCACUGAUACACCAUCCUGAAUGUGCCUCUAUGAGUGGUGGACAAGGUAUAGAGCACUUAGCUCAGUACGGGAAUCGGACACACAUUCAUUUUACAGUCCCAAUGUCACAGCAGCAGGACUGCAAUUUCUCUUUUGCUGGAUUACGCAAUCACAUUAAUCAAGUUAUCCAAAAAAAGGAAGCCGAGGAAGGUACAAAAAUGGGGCAUAUUCUGUCCUGUGUUGCUGAUAUUGCUGCAUCGGCACAGCACACGGUGGCCCUUCACAUAGCAAAGAGAACACAAAGAGCUAUAUUAUUCUGCAAGAAGGAAGGUUUGCUACCUCCUACAAAUCCAACUUUGGUUGUUUCAGGAGGGGUUGCCAGUAACGGGUACAUCCGAAGAGUUCUGCAAAGUGUUACAGAUUCUCUGGAUAUGUCUUUAUUGUGCCCUCCACCAAAACUCUGUACAGACAAUGGCAUCAUGAUUGCCUGGAACGGUGUUGAAAGGUUACGCACUGGUGCUGGCAUUCUCCAUAAUAUAGAUGGCAUCCGGUAUGAACCAAGAGCUCCUCUCGGAACUGAUAUUUCAGAAAGUGUCAGGAAAGCUGCAAUUAAAGUACCGUCUCUUAAACGGCUGCUUGGAUAAAUGUCCUGCUACCACUCUCAACAAGGGUGUAUUGGAAAGUUAAACAAGCUACAAUGAUUUCAACUCCUCUUCUUCAAGACUUUGGAUGUCUAACACUAGUAGUCUUCUAAAACACAUACUGGUUUAACACUAAACUUGAUAAAUGUUUAACACAGCAUUGCAAUUUUUAACCAAUUAGCAAGACGUACCAGAUGUUAGUUAUCCAUAUGUGCCAUAUGUUAGGAGUACCCACAUGUGCUGCAAAAGUCGCUGGACAAUUGUUAAUUCCAUUUUAAUUGGCCUCAACAAACCCUCCCAAAUAGUAUUAAAAAAGGAUACGUAUAUGCAAGGAAUUUGUACUCGUACCUUACCUUAGAUCACAUUUAUAAUGCUUCAGAUUUUUGUUGUGUUGGUAUGUGACUCCGUUUUCUAUAGAUUGUAGUCUUACAGAGCGGUAGAAGAACCCCUUUAGCUUUCACCAAGUUAUAACAGCCUGAACUCAACUAAUCUGAGGAUUUUUUAUUUU